CUCUUUUACUGAAUUUAUUUCGCUCAAAGUAACAAAGCAUUUACAAACAUGUUACCCUCGCCUCGUCGAUAUGAGAACAAAUAUGUGAUCGCAGCCAAAGAAUCAUCUCAGCCUCUCGCUCACUGGUCUUUAUUUCUGCACUUGUUUUGCUCUUUGGUUUUACACUGUGAACACUUGAGGGGAGUUUUUGUUCAGCAUACUCAUUGUUAGCACCAAUAUAUCCAUCCAAACAACCUUAAUUAGUAGAAAACUCUGCGACAUAAAGCACUGUUAAAACAUUUCACCCUUUUUUUGCCUGACAAAACAAAAGAUAACAAAGUGUGUAAGUCCAACCCGCUUUGGUAGCUGUUCAGUGGAGUUUGAAAACACGUAAAUGCAUAAAAAUAUAAACUUUAAAAACUUCUUGUAAAAAAAAAAAGAAAGAAAACAGCGAAGGUGAUCCCAUGUGGAGUGUCAGAAAGUUACCAACACAAAUAAAGAAAAGUAGCACUGUACUACAAACUUUACAUGUAAUAUACUUAAAGCACACUAUAAUAAUUUCAAACAGAAACAUUAUAUUGUUCUUAUUAUGGAUAUUACAUAAAUUAACAUAAGAAGGGGGUACAGCUCAACAAAGAAAAUCCCCUCUACUCAUUCUUUGUGUAUAAAAGCUUUGGCAAAUAUCACUUUUUACAUCACUGGCACUGCUGUUACAUGAUAAGAAAUGAACACUGUACGAUUUUGAGGGUUGCUUCUACUACAUUUUCAGACUAGUCGAUGGUGAACAAGAAAACAAAUAAAAAAGAUGUUGUAUUGUACCAUAAAACUUUAUAACACUGUUACAAUAAACCAAUCGAGGACUAUCAUUAUGGUUUCAAAGGGGAAACAAGAUAAAGUAACCAUAAAAUAAUUAUUGUAUCGAAAAUGGACGUGUGCACAUUCAGUCAGUAUCAUCACCCUAGUCAGUCUGCAUCAGACCGACUAGUCAGUUCAACCAUUUAUUUGUAUUUGUCUUGUUCUAGGCCCAAAAUGCAUCAUGUAUCAAAGCUGUAGAUGUAGAUGUAGAUGUAAAUAUGCAGGGAUGACAGAUAGUAUCACAGCGUGGCAUAGUUUGGCAGUGAUUUAAUGGAAAUGUGUCUUCUCAAACAGAGCAAUGCAUAUUCAGGGUUGAACGCUGGGGGUACUAGCUCUGCUGGUGAUAGCCAACUGGAGUUAACCUAUCUACCUGUUGACCUUCGGACUCUGUGACCUGUGUCAGUCAAAUGCGCUUAAUUUUGGGUGUGCCAGCUGACUAAUGGUCCCAGUUGAACAUCCCAACAACGCAUUUCACUUGCCCCUUAAACCGAUCCAAUAUUGAGCCUUCCUAGUACAAUUUCGACCUGAUCUGAACCACGAUUUUAAAGUCAGCAUGGAGAAUGUUUGAUGUUGCUUGAUUCUGACACCUAGAGGAUUAUAAUAUUGACUUUAUAUGAUAAAAAAACACAGAUUCUUUACAUUUUAAUGGAUUUUGACUAUCUUUACUCUGUUCUAUCUGUCGUUGUUUGUUUAAUUUACUCAAAACCAGUUCAUUCUUUUUAAUAGAAACAAAUGGUUCAUCGGUGUACUGACUGCAGCUGAGGCUGUGCCGAAGUUUACAUGACACUCAAGAAAACCAAAUUAUCGUCUUACUCCGAUUAAGACCGGACAACUGAAGUGCAUGUAAACACCUUAGUUUGAGAACUCAGACUGGAGUCGGAGAACUCCGAUUAAGACACCCAGAUAAUGCGAUUGGAAUUCGAUUUUCUCUACCAUGUAACCAGCGUAGUCAGAGUAUGAUCGGAUAAUGCAUGUGCGCCACGCCCCCGUAACCACGUAACAAAAACACCAGAGAAGAGGAGUAGCGUGCAUCUCAUCUGCAGAAAAAGUAGCGUGUACAUCAUGUAUGACAAAAACAAAGCUCUACGAUGCUCCAUCUUUUUGCUCGAAAAUGCCCAGCAGUUUUAGACACUUCUGACGUCUGACACAAACCUGCUGUUGUUGUUGACGGUUGUAUGGGGUCGGAAACAGCGCCGCUAAAAAGAUCCGUAUCGCCUCCUAGUUUUGGGGAGGAGGACACGCUCAAUUUUCUCAGCUGCAUGUAUACGCGGACGAGGAGAGUAAUCCAAUUCAGCGAAAAAAAUGAAUUAUGAGUUCAGUCCGAUUAAGCUGUGCAUGUAAACGCACUGACUGAUACAUGUUCAGUCGUAACUCCAUGGUUAGCAACCACAGAUUUGGAAGUGAGAUGUAAACUUAACACAUUGGGGACCGGGGCUUGUUGUCACAUUGCAAUUAUCUUUGCCACCAGGGGGCGCAACUAAAAAGUGGAAUACUAGUUUUCUUCCUUUAUAUGGUUAGGGGUCGUGUACUAUCUGAGAGGAGAACAUUGUGAGCUGAGAUGAGCGCCAAAUAACCAUUUUGCACAACCUAAAGUAAAAAAAAAUUUAACUUUAUAUCUUUAAAAUAAGCUUCUUCCAGAUUAAAAUCCUCGCAGUGAUACAUGUGGACUUGUUAGAGGAAAGAUUAUGGCAUCCUGUCAGACCUCAGUCAUUGUUCUGUUUAAAGCUAACUUUAAAAUAGAGCUUUAAUUAGCAGACAUGGUCGUUUGGGGCAACAUGUCUCAGUCAUUUGGGGUUAGUUGUCGCAUGUUUAAAAUGGAUUUAAAAUUAACACAGAGAGUCUGUUUAUCAGCAGUUGACAUAUUGAAACUUUAAAAGAGUGGUUUAAAGGGGAAAAGAAAGUGAGAGGACGUGGUCAGGAAUUUCAACAGAAAAACAGUUGCAUAAUAUUUGAUGUUAACGUUCGUUUAAUGACUUUUUCUUGCUCAAUGAUAAACAUUUCCUGUGCCUGAUUUUGACGCUCACUUUCAUGUGAAAAAAAAUGGGAACAACACUAUUUAUGUCCUUGUUUUAGUAGCUGCAAAAUCCCCAUGUGGUGAGACAACUUACCCAAUGGUAGGGCAACAUGUCACAUGUUCACACUCUCUGUUUGAUCGCUUAUAACUCUGCACUGACACAUGAUAUGAAAAUGACAUGAAAACGAAAUAUAUACCUGAGACUUUGGUCUUUCAUCUGGUACACAUUUAGUUUAUAUAUGAUGCAUUGAUACCAAGAAAUAUAUGAGUGUGACAACAAGCUCCGGUCUCCCCUACUGAACUUUGAGGGCAUAUAACAAAACCACUAAGCAGAGAAAAAGGCCUAUUUUGGUGGACUGACUGUAAGGCACAGAUGUUUUUAAUGUAAAAAGCUGUAGACUAAAAAAGAGAUAAACCUGCUGAGUUUGAAUACAGUGAAGUUAACUAUUCCUCAUCUUGCUGUGGAUAUAAAGCCCCAUUAUCCCCUCCUCUCCCUCCCUGUUGUCACCCCCUCCAUCCAUCAUCAGAUGACCGUCUGUUGCCUUCGACACUUCCUGCACGCUCCAUAAAUAACAGACAGGAGGUAAACCAGGCAGCAGAGGCAGGCGAACACGGCGGCCGUCAGGUAGACCUUGUACAGACACAUGUGCUUGUACAGCUCCAGGUUGCAGUACGAGUAGCGAUCCGUCUUGUAGAUCAUGACCCCGAUGGCCGGGAGGUAGAGCACCGCUGCGGCCACAUCAUGCGCCAGAUUCGUGCACAACCAGCGCUCCCCUCCGAGCAGCGGGACCAGGUCCUGCUUCUCCAGGAGGGUGAUGAAGAAGAGGGCGAGGGUGAGGAGCCAGAACAGGACCGCCACGAACAGGACAAAGUGAAUGGAUCCUUCGUACUUGUUGGCGGCGAUGGUGAUCCAAAGUCCGGCUCCGAACACGAUCUGCAGGAUCCGGAUGAUUCCCAGGAAACUCUUGAGGAACUUCAGGAUAUUCUUCCUCACCUGCGGCGUCUGUGGAGCUUGGGGUGUCAUCUCUCUCUCUCUCCUCCUCCGGUCACUCUCGGUCCCUUUUUCCCCCAAACAGGGCGGGUGCUUCGUGCCAGCUGCAAACAGCUGGGGAAAACAGGAGCAAAGCGUGGAAAUAAGCGGAGAGGAAGUCCGGGUUUGGGAGUGAAACGAUGGAGCCAAAAGUUGACAAGUUUAGCUUUAAAGAAAGGAACUCUCUGUUCUUUCCACAGCCCCGGGGUUUUGAAAUGAAAAAGCUUCUUGGAUGUUUCGUCUUUUCCGUUUCCUCUGGUGAAUGUAGCGUCUGUUUUGGGGGGGCUGGGUGAUGGAGAAGAGGGGCGGCCCGUAACUCAAAGCCUCCUCCUCCUCCUCCUCCUCCUCUGGACUGAUUCAUCCACGGCCAUUCAUCCAACUUCCAGAGAAGAGUUUCCCCCGGGGACUGCAACCUUGAUUCUUCUGAAUUUACAGACAGACAAGGACAGAAAUGGAGAUGCCAGGGGUGUGUCCAGACUUUUUGUUGACUGGGGUGGCCGACUUUGGGCACCGACUUCAGUGUGUUUGAUGUUUAAAAAGUCAGUUUAAAGGGAUAUUCCGGCAUAAAAUUAAUUUAGGGUCAAACACACCGAGUUAGACACCCCCUUGAGAGAUUAAUGUUGCCAACCGCUUGCUUCUCUAGUUAUACCAACUUUAGUAACAACUGCACGCUAGCAAUACAGAGAACCAUGCGCUCAACCAAAACGCCACUCUAGACUAAUUUCUUUUGCAAAGGGACUAAACACAACUCACCUAAUCUCUUCCAGCGGCUGUUUGUUUGUAGUGGGACCCCAGGCCAGUCCAUUACAGACUACAGUGGGGUGACACAGCUCAAGGAAGAACAUUUAUGAUCAUUUCUUCAUGGAAACACAAUCAGACUGAGACGCUAAGGCAGAAGAACUACUGUGUCUGCAGAACAAAAUGAUUAAUAUGAUGAUUUUUACUUAAAGGAAAUGAUAAAGAAAUGAUCAUAAAUGUUCUUCCUUGAGCUGCGUCACCCCGCAUCAGUCCGUAAUGGACUGGCCUGAGGUCUCGCUACAAACAAGCGGCCGCUGGAAGAGACUAGGUGAGUUGUGUUUAGUCUCUUUGCUAAAGAAAAUAGUCAAAGUUAAAAAGAUGUUUGGUGUCUAGUACUAUGUCUAGGACCCUAUAUGUCCUGUUGAUGAAGUUAGGUGCUGUUCUGAACAUUAUUUGUGGCUAUAGAGUGGCGUUUUGGUUGAGGUUUGUUUAUGGCUCCUCAGACCGCUGUGUAUUGCUAUCCUGCGGUCGUUACUAAAGUUGGUAGAACUAGAGAAGCAAGCGGUCGGCAACAUUAAUCUCUCGACGGGGUGUCUAACUCGGUUUUACGGUGUGUGUUUGACCCUAAAUUAAUUUUAAGCCGGAAUAUCUCUUCAACCAACCUUUUACAGGAGCUUAAACUUAUCAGCCUUUUUAGUCAGGGUCAGGAUAAAAUGAAAACAUAUGAAAAUCAUGGAUAUUCUUGAAGUUCAAUAAUCCAAUCCAAAAGUUUUACUCAUUUAUAUAUAUAUACAUAUAUUUGUUUUUUUGUUUUUGUUUUUUUGCAAAACUAUUAAAUCUUUAAAUGGAGAAAACAAUUGAGAAACUGAACAAAUAUAACAGAUCUUUAUUUUCCCCUCAAACCUGAAACUGAUAUUAUACUGGGUAGAUUAUUUUUGAUUUAUUGUAUUUUAUGAAGAACUAUAUUGCAUUUUCUCUAUCAGUCUCCUUAUGUAUAGAACAAAGAUAACUCCUUUGUCACCAAAAUAGAAAAAACGAGGGACAAACGUGAGACAGGAGACAAGAAAACUUUUAAAGACAAACUUGUUCAUUCUCAGACUACCUCAGUAUUUCUGUGUUUUUGUUUGAUUUAUCGUCCUCAUUUGGUGGAGACGGUGUAACUGAACGUCCUCCUGUUACUGUGGAGCUCAUUCUGCGUCACUCUGUGUGCGUCCCUCUGUGGCCCCUCCCCUCUCACACAAUCGACAGACGCCUCUCGUGCCUGCCAGGCUCUUUGACGUCAGUAAUGGAUUUCAGCGCGCACAGCCCUACGUGGCCAAGAGGCGGAGCCAAGUACCACCUCCUCUAACACAUGAUUGGUCGAUGUAGAGGUUUAAGAGGCGGAGACUGAGGCGUUCUCUUCGCUCAUUGGUCCUUUUACAGCACUGAUGUGUGAUUGACAGGCGUCUCAAGGACAGAAAUGGAGUGCAGGUGAUCCUGGAUAACAGUUUUCCAGCGUACAUUCAGCCAUUGUUGCUGCUUUCAUUGAAACAUUUCGACACUAAAUGGAAAUGCUGUAAGAGACACAGUAUCCGGAAUAUCUCAUUGAAUCCUCUGGUGAGUAUUUUGUGUUUUUCUUCCUCACAUGACUGUCACGGGAUUCCUGUUUAGCCUAGUCUUAUGAUAGGAAGCAUGGACUCUUCAGUAUGCUAAGUCAAAGGACCAUGAAUUUUCUAGAAAUCGGGAUUUUAUCGUAUUUUAAGUAGAUGUGUUAAAGAGGUAAUCCCUUAUGCAAACAACAGACUGUAAACAAACCGGUGGGAGGGCGAUAAUUGAGCAGCAUGUGACAUUUCGUCAAUGUUAACCUACUUCAAUGCAAGUAAAUAGGUCUGAUUGUGUAAGCGUUUCUGGGUCCUAUAUUGAUUAUAGUAUUGGUGCAAAAAGAUUCACAGUUCUGUCCUUAAAUGACCCUUUUUUAGUGGGUAAUGCACAGUAUAAGUUACAUUGUAACGAAGGAGAGAUGGGCAAAAUAUUAGGAACACCAAACACCCACUUUUACUUCAACACUUGAUUUAAAACAGCAUUUUAACACCGAUCUAAUCGUGUCUACAGAAACUCAACAUGAUCAGACAGGUAAUUAUUGUACUCAAUUAUUGAAGACAUAAAUGUGAAGUGCUGUGUGUUUCACUGAAAAGUUGCUGUUCCUAAUAUUUUGUCCUUUUCAUUGACUGACAAGGAGAUGGGCAAAAUAUUAGGCACACAAACACCCUCUUUUUACUUUUAAUAAUUGAGUUAAAAGAGCAUUUUCACACCUAUCUUACCAUGUGUACAGAAAAUGAAUCUGUAAAAGUGAUACUGACUAAUGGAAGACAUGGAUGUGAAGUGCAGUGUGUAAUACUGAAAUGUUGGUGUUCCUUAUAUUUUGUCCUUUUUAUUGACAAACAAGGAGAUGGGCAAAAUAUUAGGAACACUGUCAAUAUAACGCGCUCCAGGGCACCACCAACACCCACUUUUACUUCAAUAAUUGAUUUAAAAGAGCAUUUUAACACCUAUCUAACUAUGUCUACAGAAAGUGAAUCUAUAGAAGUGUUACAAAAGUGGAAUUUGUGUUAGAGUUGUUGUAUUGGGUUGCCCAGGUGUUUGUUUGUUAUGGCUGGUCUGUGUAUGUUGACCUCUCACCAACCCAAAGAUUAAAGGAUUAAAAAAAAAAAAAGAUGUCACAAGCAGAAAGCACAUGUCACCUGGAACCUUUAAACUGUCAGAUCAGUUAUAAUUUAUUUAAAAACUAUCUUUAGAUUAUAAAAUAAUAGCACAGUGUAGACCCACUUAAAUUUGGAUACCACAGCUGUCGCCAAAAAAAAUGCUCAAAGAUUGUAUAUUCACAGAAAUCCUAUAAUUAGCCUCCAAUAUAUUUAUCUAUGGAUACACAAUACUGGUUUAACAACUCAAUAAGAAGCUAUUUUAUGAUAUUCACAAUUCAGCUUUCAGCACUACUUUAAUAUAAACCUCAAUGGACCAGCCCUAAUAAGAAAAAUGCUGCUGUAAGACUCACUGGAGCACACAAACAGUUCGUCCUUGUUGUUGAAAGUGUAAAUACAGGCAGAGACUAAUGUUUUGAUAUCACAGUCAAUGGUGGACAAAGACAUGACACUGGCACUCUAACUCUGAGAUUUACUGAAUCAGCAAGCUGAAUCAGCUCAUGUUAAGCUAAAACACCCCAGCUCCUUGUCAUAAGAGCUCUAUUUUUCCUGAAGAAGCUCUGGUAUUGCGUGUAGGAUAUGUUUUAUAGUUUCAGUUAUUUCUGCCUUUUCCUCUAGAGACCUAUCAAAUAUAAAAACAUCUUUAAAGUGCCAUCAGCUUCACAAAUCUAAAUGUGUAACAAGAAGAUUUGGACCUCUGGGAAAGAGAGGACUUAUUUAAGGAGGGGAUAAUUUUGAAUUGAGAAACAGAAGGUCUGAUAAAAUGAUCCUAACCCCUCUCAAUCCAUCACAUGUUCUGCUAUUUAAAGCCUCAAACAAAUCCAGUAAGCACACACUAAGAUUAUUUAGCCAACUCUACAGGGUUGUUCCAGAGGAAAUGCUCCUGACACACAUAUAGUUCCUGAUCUUUGUUGCUCACUUAAUACCUGUCUGUUAGUGUCCCACUUCAAACUGUAUCUGAGGGAGGACAGAUGAAGUUGCCAUCUGCAGUUUAAUGGGCUUUAAAGCAGAGACUCGUCACUCACUUCCUAAAGAAGGAUUAAAGAAUCAGAGCAGAGGAGUUGAAGCCGAGCAGCAGUGUGUUAACAGUAGGUGUUGUGACGCAGUUGUAAACCUUUGGUAAACAAGCACAUGUGUUCAGUGAGGUAUUUCUGAUGAAGUAUUUGUGGAUAUGACACAUUCUGGGACUUUACAGGGACUUUAAUAUGUUUAUCAGUCUGCUUCAGCAUCCAAGAGUACAGACAGGGUCUUUGUUUGGAUGGAAAAAGCCGGUAAAUCAGACGUUCAAAGAUGCAAAAUAUUUUCAGUCCUACUCAAAUUCUGAAGGAGUCCUUUUUAAUUUGUUUUGCUUACAACUUUUGACCUUUUAGAAGCCACUCACAAGAAUUUAAGUAUCACACUCGAGGCUAAUUUAUCUUAUCAAAACAUCAGCAGGUCUGCGAUUAUUUGCGGUACACUGUGUACAGUUGUGCUGACAUUCAAUAAAACAUUACCCCCUCUCUUGUAAUUUUGCUUUGCUGCGCAAAAAUGAUUUCCUGCACUCUUCCAUGAGUGCUGAUACAAAAUAACUAUGUGUAUCUCUCAACAUAGAGUCCUCUGAAAGCAUAUCGUGCAAAUGCAUUGCCCUCUGAAACUUGUGGACACAGGCUUUAUUCAAGUUGUGUAGUUACAGUUUUUGUCUCGAUUGAAUAUUCUGAAUAUCUUUAAAAUACAAACAAUCAAUGUUUGUAUGAAGACAUACUCAUCAGAACCUUAUUUUACUAGUUAAACAGACGUGCACAAGACAAAGUAGCAGAAAAGGUGCAGAAAAAAAGAUGAAACAUCUCAUGACGGGUGAUGUUUGAAGCUUUAAAGACUUAAAAUAUAGGCUACUCAUUCAAACAUGUUCACAUCUGUGAUAUAUGUGCAAAUACAAGAAAUUAAUACUUUUUAAUUGCUGAUUUAUUUGCAACAAACUUUAACUCAAGUAUAAAGAUUGCAGUGCAGUAAAUCUGAACAAGAGUAGCUGGAUAUAUCAAUCAAUUAAUCAAUCAAUCAAUCAGUCUUUAUUUGUUUAGCACUUUUCAUACAAAACCUUUACAUAGCAGAGGAAUAAAAGAAACAAAGAAUACCCUGAUGUACCCCAGCCCAACCCCUCAUUCCUACCCCGCAAUCUAAGAACAACAGAAACAGGAUUAAAAUGCAUGAACUUAAAAAGGGCGCGAUUAUAUAGAAACAGGAAAGUGGAAAGUGCACACUGAGGAAAUGCCAUCUUAAAACACUGGAGGUUUAUGUUAAAAUCUAAAAACAAAGUAACGUAAAAUGAAAUUCAAGAAAUAAUAAAUGAAAUGAAAUAAAAACAACAGUAAAAGAUACUAAGAGCACCAAAAUAGCCCAAUAAAAGAUUAUCCUGUCAUUAAAACUAGAGGAGAUAAAUGCUAAAACACUUAAUGUUAAUGAUAUAAAAAUUAGUUAAAAGCAAAUCUAAAAAGGAAUGUUUUGAGUUUGCUUUUAAAAUAUGGAAGUAUAUUUCAUAAUGUAGAGAAUUGUCAGAUUUUUAUUUCUUAGUAAUUGUAUGAAUAUCAGAGAGGCAGAUUGGUGUAGAUUAGGGCUGAACAAUUUAUCAAAUUUUUAUCAGAAUCACAACUUUCAAGGAUUCAAGGAAUCUUUAUUGUCCCUGUGGGGCAAAUCGCUUUACAGCCAGCAGUGCCACAAACAGACAUAAGACAACUAGCACAACAAUAAAUCAACAAAAAAUGAUAAAACAGAGAGACUAAAAACAAUCACUUGUUUAAAAGACCUAUGGCGGCAGGGAUAAGAGAGUUGUUCAGUCUGUUUAUCCUACAUCUAGGCAGGACGUACCUGCGGCCUUUCCAAUGUCAAAGAGUUGUGAUUACCAGCAAUAAUGGGUGAGGAGUGCAAUUGUGUUGAUGAAGCAGAGGGAUAGAGUGAGCAAAACCUUUGAUUUAAUAUCUUUGGAUCUUAAAUUUCGAUACUAAAUCAAAGGUAAAAGGUUAGACACAGAAUACCCAUCUCUCUAAAACAAACUCAAAGCAGGAAAAAGAGUUGUCCCUGAAGUUGAUUGUUGUGAUAAAUAAUCUUGAUGUGUGAUUUUGUUUUCAACAAUACACAUUUUUCACUUUUAUAAUGUCAUAAUGUGUGUAUUUUCUCCCUGGCUUCUCUCCUCAGUGAGUGGCCAGUGUAUGUCACCUUUUCCCGUGUUUCUCCGGAUGGACACCGGGCCCGCCCCCCCUCCUCCGACCUCCAUGGUGGCAGGUCCGUCCUCGCUUUGGCGGCUGGCUGAGAGGAGGAGCAGAAAAGCCGGCUCGGGUAACAUUUUCAGCAGUGUGAAUCUGUGGCAGCUCCAGAGACUGUUCAGAGCAGCGGGGGACCAGGAUGCCGAGCAGAGGGCCCAGCUGGUUUGGGGCCACGGUGACGAGGCAGAACUGGCGCAGGCUUUGAUAGGGCUGAGGGCCAGGAGCCACAGGAGGGGGCUGAGGAAUAACGGCAGAGACGUACUGGGCUCACACUGGCUACGAGCCUUCAAUCACCUCAAGUAGGAAACCUGAAAUGAUUCCACAUUCAUUCCUAACAAUAAACAAUGACUCGUCUUUAUGUGGUUUUUUUAACAAAAUGAUUCAUGUGCAGGAUCGGGGAGAGCUCGCCGAGCAGCCAGGGGAAGGACACCGCGGAGGAGAGCGAAUCUGAGGCAGGCGGCAGCCCGGAGCCUCACAGACACACCUCUGUAGGAACUACAGGAAGAAGUACAGGAGCCAGGGUGGGACUGACUGAGACUCAGGGUCCUGGAGGGACGUCUGAAAGACCAGCGAGAGGCUCAGGACUGAGGAGGGGAGGGGAGAAUAACCCAGAGAGAUACCUCCACAGAAUACUCCACUGACCUCAGGGCCGGUCUGCACAACUCUUCUGAAAAACACUAGAGAUAUACUGAUUAACUUUACAUCUCAACCAACACCUCCACAAUUACAAGUGAUAUUGUAGUUCUGGACUGAAGAGACACAUACUGGUCUCUUAUGGCGUUGAUCAAAUGUAGUUUUCAGGGACACAUAUCUCCAUCUGUGUGACAUUCAAGGCAGCACAAACCUCUGACUGGCUCCUGGUAGAACUCAGAUUUAAAGCGUUUACACAUUUUACAUUUCAUCCUUUUUAUGAACAAAUACAAGCAGCCCAAGAAACAAGCAUCUGUAACCUGAAAUCAGUCGAUCACACAGAGUUUUAGUCUGAAUUAUUAAAAUGUCUGUGUCCAGUUCCACUCUAAAGUUUGGGACUUUUUGUUACAAACAGAAUAAAACCCAUUUUAUUUAGUAGCUUUUAACAUGACAAGUCUUAUAGAGGCGUGAGUGCUGACACUUAUUUUCACGGUUUCCACUCAAAAGCUGCCUUAUGUUCGUUUUUUAUAACUCCUAACAUUUACACCUAACUUGCUUCCUGUUAAGAACAGACAGUGAUGUGAUUUCAGCUGUUUUCACGCCCACUUCGAGGACAACAAAAGCCAUAUAUGAUGUGUUUAAGACAAUGAAUGUGUAUUAGCCUCAUUUGCAUUCAUGCUAUAAGAAAUUUAGUGUUGAACUUCUCCACCCACGAUUGUUAUAUUCAUUAAAAACACUAUUAAUAAAAGUGCAGUAGUGAGGAGGACUGUUAUUAAUACCAGACCGACACGCCACUGCAUGUUUGGAGGUGUCGGCUCAACCUCAAUGAUUCAGAUGAUUCAGGAUUUCUGCCAGGAGCUAAAGCCAGUCACUGGUUUGUUGUUAUUCGAAGCGAAGAGUCACAUGGUCAAACUCUGCCUAGAAAAAACAAAAAUCAAAAGUUACAGCUGCAAGGCCAAACACACACACACACACCUCAGUUUGCAGGGUCAGAAAUCCAAAAUGUUCUCGUGAAAACCUUCAGGGUAACGGUGUGAAAACUCACUGUGCCUGUGAAAGACUGUCACCCCAAGGUUGUCAUGUUGCUGGAGACUUUAUGUACUUUUUUCACAACACUGUUUUGAUGUGUACUUUGACAAUGUCGUAUAUUAAAAGGAGUCUUUGUACUUUGUCAUUUUUCGGGGUUUUUUUGGAGACAAUUUUUCAAUCGAUGAAACACAGUUGCUUCCUUAAGUAUAACACAGAGGCACUAAAAUGGCUCAUGCAAGGAGGAACCUCAUCAGAAACAAAAACUAGAAACCAAAUGGGCUUUUGAGGCGAAUUGAUUACACGCUAAAUGAAAUGAAUCGAAAACCACUGGCAUCUUUGAGUUUCUUUACCCAUGAGUAGAAAAAUAAUAAAUCUUUACACAUGAUAAAUUAUGUCAAUACAGUUAAAAGUUAGCUGGACUUGUGAUGCCUUAAAAUAAGAUGCUUGUCAAGUGAAUGUAGAUUAUUUUAAGUCCAAUAAAUUUAAUGUGAAAUGAUACAAAA